AUGGGGAUUCAAUUUUGCACAAAAGGCAAUCUUAUUUUAGUUGUAAUCGAGGAAGAGGAAAUAAUUGAAGUGCAGAAGAAGAAAAGGGAAAAAAAGAAAAGUUUGAAAAAACAAGUAAAAGCAGCCAGGAAGAUCCAGGCCUGGUGGCGGGGCACCCUGGUGCGCCGGACGCUGCUGCAUGCGGCGCUCAGGGCCUGGGUCAUCCAGAGCUGGUGGCGGCUGAUGCUGGCCAGGAUGCUGCACAAGAAGCGGAGGGUGGCCCUGAUGAACUACACCGUUGGAGAGAGGGCAGUGGUCAAGCUCCAGUCUCUGGUCCGCAUGUGGCGUGUCCACUGGCGGUACUGCCAGGUGCUGAACGCCAUCUAUGUCAUCCAGUGCCACUGGCGCUGCCACGACUGCCAGACCUGCGCACUCCUCCGGGGCCACUGCGUGGUCACCGACACUCACCUGCAGUUCCACAUCGAGAUCACCAACCCCUGA